CACACCACAUUCUCUCAAUCCCUCCCCUCCCCUCUCUUUCUCCGGGCGGUGGCCAUUUUUCUCCCAAGCACAAGCUCCGGCAUCUCCGCCCAGAGCAGAUCGAUCUCUUCAUUCCACAAAUGGGAAUUCGGAGUCUCCAUUUCCCGAAUCCUCUCUUUCUCGUUCUGGGUCUUCUCCCCCUCGCCCUGGCCGGCCAUGACUACGGUCAAGCUCUCAAAAACAGCUUCCUCUUCUACGAGGCUCAGAGAUCUGGCUUUCUUCCCGACACUCAGAGAGUGAACUGGAGGAGCCAUUCCGGUCUCCUAGAUGGGAAAGCCAAUGGGGUGGAUCUGGUCGGAGGGUACUACGAUGCAGGGGACAAUGUGAAAUUCGGGCUGCCGAUGGCUUUCACUGUCACGAUGAUGUCUUGGAGCAUCAUCGAAUAUGGCCGGCAAAUGUCCGCCGCCGGCGAGCUUCAUAAUGCUCUCGAAGCCGUCAAAUGGGGCACCGAUUACUUCAUCAAAGCCCACCCUCAACCCUAUGUCCUCUACGGAGAGGUGGGAGACGGAGAUACAGAUCACUACUGCUGGCAGAGGCCGGAGGACAUGACGACAUCAAGGGUGGCGUACAAGAUAGACCAGAACAACCCGGGAUCGGACCUCGCCGCCGAGACAGCCGCCGCGAUGGCCGCCGCGUCCAUCGUCUUCCGCCGACACGACCCGUCGUACUCGCACCAGCUCCUGCAGCACGCCUACCAGUUGUUUGAAUUUGCGGACAAGUACAGGGGCAAAUAUGACAGCAGCAUCACCGUCGCCCGUAACUUCUACCAAUCUGUUAGUGGAUACAAGGAUGAGUUGCUGUGGGCAGCAGCGUGGCUGUACAAGGCGUCGAACAACGCAUACUACCUCAACUACUUGGCAGACAAAGGAGAUGAGUUCGGAGGGACAAAUUGGGCCAUGACUGAGUUCGGAUGGGAUGUCAAAUAUGCAGGCGUUCAAGUUCUCGUCGCCAAGUUUUUGAUGCAAGGAAAAGAUGGGGGCCGCGCGUCAGUGCUUGGGGAAUACCAGAAGAAUGCAGAGUCGUUCAUGUGCUCUUGCUUGGGGAAGGGGAACCGCAAUGUGCAGAGGACGCCGGGAGGCCUUCUUUUCCACCAGAACUGGAACAACUUGCAGUUCGUUACCAGCGCUUCCUACCUGCUCACUGUCUACUCCGACUAUCUGUCUUCGUCUGGCAGAACACUCAAGUGUGGCUAUGGAGCUGAUGUUUCCCCAUCUGAGAUGCUUUCCUUUGCUCAAUCACAGGUGGACUACAUUCUUGGGGACAACCCGAGAGCCACUAGCUACAUGGUGGGAUAUGGAACCAACUACCCACAACAAGUGCACCACAGAGGGUCUUCCAUUGUGUCCAUCAAGGAGAACCCGGCAUUCGUGAGCUGCAGAGGUGGGUAUGCCACUUGGUACAGCAGCAAAAACAGCGACCCCAAUCUUCUCGUCGGUGCAAUCGUUGGUGGGCCCGAUGCCUACGACAGCUUCGCUGAUCACAGAGACAACUUUGAGCAAACCGAACCUGCCACUUACAACAGUGCCCCACUCAUUGGUGUCUUGGCUAGGUUACAUGCUGGACAUUCUGGCUAUAGCCAGCUUCUUCCAGCUAUUCCUUAUCAUCCUAAGCCUGUUGCCCGUCGUUCUCCGAGACCAACUCCAGCUCCAGCUUCGUCUUCAGCUCGGUUUUGGAUUCGACAGACGGUGACCAAGUCGUGGGUUAAAGGAGGGAGGCGUUACAACAAAUACUUGGUGACUGUGACCAAUAACUCAGGCAAGACUGUCAAGAACUUGAAGAUCUCUAUAUCUGAGCUAUAUGGUCCUCUUUGGGGUCUUAACAAGCAUGGCCACUCCUACUACCUCCCAUCAUGGCUCAACUCUUUGUCUUCCGGAAAAAGCCUGCAAUUUGUCUACAUCCACAGCGCCCCUUCUGCUGCAGUCGUCUCUGUCUCUGGUUACCGUCUUCUCUAAAACAGCAACAAGAAGAAGACCCAUAACCCAAAGCACCGCGAGUUUUUACAUAAAAGCCGUGCUGUCUCCAUACCUGUUUCUGUUUGCAAUGAUGUUUUUCGUUUUCUUUUUGUGUUUGGAUUUUCAGCAAUGGGUGGUUUGCAAUAUGUGUAGGAGGAGGAGGGGUUCAGGAGGAGAAAGGAGUGAAGAGAGGAAUUUAAAAUGAGUGCUCAUCCUCUUUCUUCUCCCACCUCUUUGUUUGUUAGUGAGUCAUAUAAAUAUCUAGUGUUGGAGGUAUUAAGAAACCAGGAUGGCUUUUCAAGAAUAAGGAGCUUGAGAGUCUUUGGUUUGUCUAGUGCUUGGUUUUUUCUUUCUUUCUUAUACUUCUGGUGGUGCUGUCAUGUUGUUAGCUCAACAUUUUAUUCUAUCCUAAGAAUUAUUAUAUAAAUAUAUGAAUGUGGUAUAUUUGAACUUUGACACAUCAAUCCUUUAUUUACUGCUUUUUUAAAUGGU